GCUUCCCGCAGGUGCGUCCAGGGGCUCCGGUUUCACUGAAACAAGUCUCGCCCCAGGAAAGUUCAGUGAAGCUCGUGUAAAGGGAAGGGGGACCAAAGGCUCCGAGUGAGGCUCGGAGGUUCGAACUCACUGGUGGCGGAUUGCCCGCCCGCCCCACGUCCGGGGAUGCGAAGUCUCAGCGUGGCGUGGCUGCUGGGAGGUAUCACCCUUCUGGCGGCCUCGGUCUCCUGCAACCAGACCCAGAACUUAGCACCGGGACCCAGCAGUAAAGGAAGAAGUCUUAUUGGCAGAUUGGAAACCCCGCCCCCAAUCACUGGGAAAGGGGUUCCGAUUGAACCAGGCUUUUCCAUUGAUGACUUCUCCGCGUCCAUUCUCACUGGGAAGCUGACCACUGUCUUCCUUCCGGUCAUCUACAUUAUCGUGUUUGUGAUUGGUUUGCCCAGCAAUGGCUUGGCCCUCUGGAUCUUCCUUUUCCGAACGAAGAAGAAACACCCCGCCGUGAUUUACAUGGCCAACCUGGCCUUGGCCGACCUCCUCUCUGUCAUCUGGCUCCCUCUGAAGAUCGCUUACCACCUACACGGCAACAACUGGAUCUACGGGGAGGCGCUUUGCAAGGUGCUCAUUGGCUUUUUCUACGGCAACAUGUAUUGUUCAAUCCUUUUCAUGACCUGCCUCAGCGUGCAGAGGUACUGGGUGAUCGUGAACCCCAUGGGGCACCCCAGGAAGAAGGCAAACAUCGCUGUUGGCCUCUCCCUGGCAAUCUGGCUGCUGAUUUUUCUGGUCACCAUCCCUUUGUAUAUCACGAAACAGACCGCCUACAUCCCAGCCCUGAACAUUACCACGUGUUACGACGUGCUGCCCGAGGAGACUUUGGUGGGGGAUAUGUUCAAUUACUUCCUCUCCCUGGCCAUUGGGGUCUUCCUGUUCCCAGCCCUCCUUACUGUAUUUGCCUAUGUGCUCAUGAUCAGAACGCUCCGCUCCUCCGCCAUGGAUGAACACUCGGAGAAGAAAAGGCAGAGAGCUAUCCGACUCAUCAUCACCGUGCUGGCAAUGUACGUCAUCUGCUUCACGCCUAGCAACCUGCUGCUUGUAGUGCAUUAUUUCCUAAUCAAAAGCCAGAGGCAGAGCCACGUCUACGCCCUCUACCUCGUCGCCCUCUGCCUGUCGACCCUCAACAGCUGCAUAGACCCCUUUGUUUAUUACUACGUCUCGCAAGAUUUCAGGGAUCACGCCAGAAAUGCGCUCCUCUGCCGAAGUGUGCGCACUGUGAAUCGCAUGCAGGUAUCCCUCACCUCCAAGUUCUCCAGGAAAUCCAGUUCCUACUCUUCGAGCUCAACCAGUGUUAAAACCUCCUACUGAGCUGUUCCUGAGGCUCUCAAGCCUGCAUGAUGAUGGUAUGAUGGUGGUGGUGGUGAUGAUGAUGAUGAUGGCGUGUGUGUGUGUGUGUGUGUGUGUGUGUGUGUGUGUGUGUUAGGGAUGCACCAACAUGCAUGGGGUUGUCAUUUCCUAUCUAAGCUGCAGGUCUCCGCACCAAUCACAAGCACGCAGCUCUCCGCAGGAUUGCCAGAAGCUUCCUUGUUUGCAUGAGAACAGUCUUCCACUAUAACAAAAACAGGCAUCAGUAUCAGAAACUGAACUAAUUGAGGGAAACAUAUUUUGUGGAAGUGAAGAGACGAUGGAAAAUCAGUGACUUGCCAAAAACAAACAAACAAACAAACAAACAAACCCUAUACCUGGCGAGAAGGCUAAGACUCCCUGAAAUGUUUUCUUUUUCAUCUGGAGUCCAUCACAGCUUUGUCAGGACCUGAGGCCCCUGUAGAGCUUCAGUCCGGUCAAUCGACUUUACAGACCUGGGAGAUGAGUCUCCCGGCCGGCAUUCUAACUAGUUAACAGUGAGCUCGCUGGACGAUAGGAUUCACAUGGUUGGGGGUGACUUCUCACACCAUUUCAUCAGAGUUCCUGGGGUGCUUCUUCCCUGUGCCGGUCCCUUAGCUUCAGUAACCCGGGGAGCUCAGACGGGAGAGGGGCGCUCUGCUAGCCUCCUGAGGACUGCAUACACAGGAUGAUGGAGCCGAACCCUGCUUCUGCCUGCCAGGGCAGCACGGUAUUGUUGGUAAAGAAAAACCGACAGCAGUGUUUUGAGCCUCUUUUUGGUCAGUUUAUGAUGAAUCUGCCUAUUGGUUUAUUGAGAUUUUCAGUUCCUUUAUUACUGCGUUGUAAUUUUGUAUGUCUGUUAGUCAAGAAAAAGAAGAUGAGGCUCUUAAACAUGUAAAUAAAAAUUUUGUAUUUUUUUUUUUACUUAAGUCAGUGUGUGUAAUAGAGUAUUUGGCCAACUGCGAAUAUUGCUUAGUUUUUCUUCUAACUUAAUUUUUAACUACAUCAUGUGAACUUACAACAUUUUCAUGAUAAAGCAUUAUGUCAGUUCCCUUCACCCUCAACCCUAUUCCUUUCUGCCAUGCGGGUCCCUUCCCCUCCUCCCCCCUUGCUAUUCCCUCCCCACCAGAUAGUCCUCUGCCUGCUUUCACGUAUCAUUUAGUAUUUUAUAAAAACCUUGUUGUAAUUAUUUAUUAUCAGUUUUGUUCACCAGUUACCAAUGGAAUUAACGUCUUUUCAUCUGUUUGGGAAAGAGCAGAAAAGAGUCUGUGGCCAUUGUGGGGUACACGGCCAUUGCGGGAUACACGGCUCCAGACUGACUUUAUAUACUGCCUGUGUUUGCACCUUUAAAAAUGACCUUGUUUUAUGAAUGCUUUAAAAAUAAUGCAUGAACUUUUAAAAAAGCCAACUUCUUUCAGACUGUGUGUUUGUUUGUAUGAAGGGGGUCGGAGAAGAAGAAGGGAAUCCUGCUCUUCCAGACUUAGUGAUCUGACGCCCACCCACCCUGUCUGCUCCUUCUUUUCUUUCUUUUUUAACACAGUGUGAUGCUCACCCCACCCCUUUCCUUCCCUCCUUCCUUCCUUCCUUCCGUCCUUCCUUCCUUCCUUCCUUUUUCCUUUCCUCCCUCUCUCUCUCCC